AUGGCUGAAGUGCACGUGAUUGGGCAAAUCUUGGGGGCCACCGGUUUUUCAGAAAAUAGUCUCUUCUGCAAGUGGGGCGUCCACACAGGAGCAGCAUGGAAGCUCUUGUCCGGCCUGCGGGAGGGCCAGACGCAGGUGGACACCCCUCAAGUGGGGGACAUGGCCUACUGGUCCCAUCCCAUUGAUCUACACUUUGCCACCAAAGGUCUUCAAGGUUGGCCCCGGCUCCAUCUCCAGGUGUGGUCCCAGGACAACUUUGGCCGCUGCCAGCUUGCUGGCUAUGGCUUUUGCCAUGUGCCCAGCAGCCCGGGCACCCACCAACUAGACUGUCCCACGUGGCGGCCCCUGGGCAGCUGGCGAGAACAGCUGGCACGGGCCUUUGUGGGUGGCGGGCCACAGCUGCUGCAUGGGGACACUAUCUACAGUGGGGCCGACCGCUACCGUCUGCACACAACUGCUGGUGGCACGGUGCACCUCCAGCUCGGCCUGCUGCUACGCCACUUCGACCGCUAUGGUGUGGAGUGCUGA